CGGAGAAUCGGUCGCCGCUGCGCCGUUCUGAACACGGCUGCGCACUUCUGAGGCCGUGCGUUCUGACCGCGUCCGUCGGAGCAGCUCGUGCCGAGCCGGCACACCUCCCGCGCGGGCGGCAAUGUCGCCGCGAGCCGGCGCCCUGCUGGCCCUCCUCAGCGCGGGUCUGGCGCUGACCCUGGCGGCAGCAGGCGGCGCCACCGCGGCCGACCUGACCCCCGCGGGUCACCAGCCCCGCCCCUCGGUACACCCGUCAGCGCCAGGGACGCCAGCCGAGUAUGUCGAGGACGCCAUUGCGGCGCUGGGACGCGCGCGGACGGAUCGGACGCGGGCCUCGGGCCCACCCACCCGACCCCGCCCGUCGAGCGGGGCAGGACUGUUUGCAAAUCUGUUCACGUCGCUGACGCGGCCUACGGAGAGCACCAACUGCCCGGGCCAGUGUUUUCACGCGCUGGCGGCACUCAUGUGCGAGAAGAUCCUGGAGAACCGCUCCUGCGGCCGGCCCUCCAUGCGCUGCUGCGUCGGCCAGGGUCCAGUGCGCCGUAAAGCGACGGUGGCGCCGCCCUCGGCGCUCCCCGAAACACGCAGCACGACCCAAGUUGUAACCACAACCCCAACACAGGCGCCGUCAUCAACCACGAUUACCACGCCAUCAACUACAACUACUCCCACAACCACAACAAGAAGACCCACUACGACGACGAGGCCGACGACGAGGCCGACGACGAGACCGACGCCGCUUCCGACGACUACCACUGUGGCCACAACACAACCUACUACUACGGAACGUAUGACAGUGCCGUGCCCGGGGGUGUGCGUGGCCCUGCGGAUAGCCAACUACUGCGAGGCGGCGCUGGAUGUGCCACGAGCCUGCGCCGACGACCAGCGCUGCUGCGUACCCGGCUCUCUGUUCGACAACCUGCCGUCUCCGCCACCGGAGUUUGUUCGGCUCAAGAAGGCGUCGGUAGCCGGUCAACAGCCACCACAGCAGCAGCAGCGACCAAAGCCACAGGCGCGGCCGCCUCCGCAGACGGGGGUGCCAGCGACGAGACCGACAAUGCAGCAGCAGAAACGGCCGGACCAACCGCCAGCCAGGCGGCCGGAGCCACAGCAGCGGCCGCAGGAGACGCGGCCAAAGGCAGAGUCGCCGCCGGCCUCGAGGCCACAGCAGCUGCAGCCCGCCUCGACUCCGACAGCUCAGCAGCAACCAAAGCCGCAGUCGCAACCGGUUCCGAUGCAGUCCAAUUCAGCGGCACAGAAGCCACAGAAAGGAUUGGACGAAGAGAAUAAAUCGAACAUGAUGACGGCAGGUCCGUUGUCAGCAGUCCAAGAGGAACAGGGCAUCCCUGGCCGACUGUCAUCUCGGCCAGACAUCACGAUCCCUGUUCGGUCCCAGUGCCGGGGCCAGUGCGUCAACGGGCUCUUCUCCUACCUCUGCGACCGGGUGGACCGGAGCGUGCGCUGCAACAACGGUGGCCGCUGCUGCCUGACGAGCCGGCGGCCGCCGCCCGCCCCUGAGCCGGCCCCCGAGCUCGACCGCAAGCCCGUCUCCCAGACCGGGUUGGAGUCCGGGCCCGAGCACGAGACGGUUGCGGGGGUGGUCCCCGAGACGGUCUCCGAGACUGACGACCUGCCCAUCCCCGAGCCCGACCCGGGCCUCCCUCAGGCCGGAGGUGUUACGGCGUCAUCGCCUCCCCAGCGGACGCCUGGCGAGCACGCCGGCCUCUAUAGCGGAGCGCAUGGCCAGCAUGGGCAGCCACAAGCCUCGAACGGGCCUCCCAGGCUCGCCAAUGAGCCGGACAGGGUCGGAGCCGAGGCGGGCAUAGAGGCCGCAGACCCGCAGCAGGAGCCACAACAGCAAGAGACGGCUGUAGACUUUAGCCAGACACCUGGACAGCCGUAUGUGCCUGCACCGGCGCCUGCACCUGCCCCCGGUCAGCCUGCUGAGUCCGAACAGACAUCCGCACCGAGUCCGGUCCAGCAGGCAGCCGGGGCGGAGCCAGCGCAAGCCUCCGAGCCGUCUGCACAGCCGAGCGGCUGCCCCGGCACCUGCCUGCCCCUGCAGAUGGUGGCGCUCUGCAGGUCGCCCGCCCGCCCGCUGCCCGAGGUGCCCGGCUGCCCGAGCGGGCAGCUGUGCUGCGGCGGGCCGUCCGCCAGUCAGCUAGCCAAGGAACCGGCGGUGCACACGGGCGGCACGCCCUCUGGUGGCGCUCUCAGCGCCCUCAUCGGCCAGGCGCUGUCCGGUGGCGGCGGCGGCGGCCAGGGCGGCGCCCCGGCCCGCCCGAGCCGUCCGCCACCCGACCGUGUGGACGUGGAGAGGCGCCCCCCUCCGCCGCCGCAGACAACGGCGGCGCUGGCUCCACCGGCCGACACCAGGCCUCUCUGCCCCGACACCUGCAUUGCGAAGCUCCUCUCAUUCACCUGCUUUGGUGGAGCCGAGCUGACCAACACUUUCCGUUGCGGCGCCAAGUCGGAGCGGUGCUGCGCCAAGAAAUCCUCGAUCCGCCGACACUGGGAGCGGCGGCAGCCUCCCGCCGGGUACCAGCAGUACCCGGACUAUCCGGGCUACCCGGCGCCAGCUGGCACUGAUCGGUUCCGGCCGGCGUACCCGCAGUACCCGCAGGCGCAGACCGAGUACCAGCGGUAUCCGGCACAGAGUGGCCAGGCGGGUCCCGGCGACGCGCAGUUCGCCGAAGCCAGACCGGAUGCCGAGCAGUACCGGCCGCCAGGCCAGCCAUCUGGUGGUGAUCCGUACAGGCAGCCUGUCCAGCCAUCUGGCGGUAACCCGUACAAGCAGCCAGGCCCGCCAUCUGGUGGUGAUCCGUACAGGCAGCCCGGCCCACCAUCGGAUGGUGACCCGUACAGGCAGCCCGGCCCGUCAUCUGGCGAUGACCCGUACAGACAGCCUGUUCAGCCAUCUGGCGGCGACCCGUACAGGCAGCCCGGCCCGCCAUCUGGCGGUGACCCGUACAGGCAGCCCAUCCCGCCAUCUAGUGAUGGACCGUACCAGCCUUCCACCGCACCAUCCAAUAACCCGUACCGGCCUUCCAGCGCACCAUCCAAUGACCCGUACCGUCCCCCCAGUGCACCUAUUGCCGAGGAGCAGCACAUACCACAGAGCAAGCCGUCUGAAGACGAGGCGUACCAGCCGACCCAGACCGUGGUCGGCGGCCGGGACGCGGCCCCCGGCGAGUGGUGCUGGCACGUGGCGCUCGUCAACUCGCUGAACCAGUACCUGUGCGGCGGCGCGCUGAUCGGCACCCAGUGGGUGCUCACCGCCGCCCACUGCAUCACCAACAUCGUCCGUUCGGGUGACGCCAUCUACGUGCGCGUGGGUGACCACGACCUGACCUCGAAGCAGGGCUCGCCGGGCGCGCAGACGCUGCGUGUCUCCACCACCUACAUACACCACAACCACAACACGCAGACUCUCGACAACGACAUCGCCCUUCUCAAGCUGCACGGCGAGGUGGACCUGACGGAGGGAGUUUGCCUGGUGUGCCUCCCGGUCAGAGGGGUUGAACAGCAGGCGGGCAGCCGCUGCACCGUCUCUGGAUACGGAUAUAUGGGUGAAGAGGGCGCCAUCCCCCUGCGCGUGCGCGCCGCCGAGCUGCCGAUCGUCGCCGACGCAGACUGUGUCGGACGGAUCAACUCUGUGACGGAGAAGGUGUUCAUCCUGCCGUCCUCCAGCUUCUGCGCCGGCGGCGAGCUGGGUCACGACGCCUGCCAGGGCGACGGCGGGGGUCCGCUGGUUUGCCCCGUUGACGGCUACUACGAGCUGUCCGGCAUCGUCAGUUGGGGCUUCGGCUGCGGCCGCGAGAACGUCCCUGGCGUAUACGUCAAGGUGGCCUCCUUCAUCGGCUGGAUCAACCAGAUCAUCAGCGUGAACAGCGUGCGGUAGUCAGCGCUCGCGGCGCUGUGCCGACCGUGGUGGAGCCGGACGCCGCCACUGAGAGGCGCGCGCGAUGACAUGUGACGUCAGAAGUUCGUCGGUCGUGACAACGCAGUCAGCUGGCCAUGAGGGGAAGUGGUCUCCACGGGGCGGCGGAGUGCGAACGUUCAUAACCUAGAGGCAUUUGUUGUGAAGCGGUCUCACUUGUUGGUGGUGCACGGCUAUCUGGCACGAGAGAGGCGACAAUGACACUUUGCACAGCCUUACUGCACGGCGGACACGAGCAGAAGUUUUAACUCCUCUUUCCAGUGGUCCAUCGAUGUGUACUCAUCAAACAGUUGACGUCGUUUUGGUGCAUUUACUUAUCCUUGUUUGAGUUGUGGAUGUAAAACAUGUUUUAAAUGUUCGACGCCGCAAGCAAAGGUUGCAGCGGGUGUAAAUGCUCAAUAUCCAUAUCAAAGCCAGUAUAGUUUGGCCUAUUGUGGCUGCACUGAUGAAUGUAAGCUCUAUUGAGGUUGCUAAGGGAGUUUUAUUUAGAUCUGGCCUAUGGGUGUUCUGUCAGCUAUAUGUGUUAGUCCAUAUCGCAGGCGCAUCAGCUGUUUUGAGUGGUGAUCUGCAUUGUUGUUAGUUUUCCGCAUUUCUGGCGUACUGCGUUAUUUAUUUUGUCACCAAAACAACGUUGCGUGUUACGGAGAGGUUGCUUCAAGUUUUUGGUGGACACCC